AUGCACAGCUGGUAUCGCUGGAUACUCCAGUACCCCACCGAGGUCUUCCCCCCGCGGUCGAAAUGGAGAAUCGAGGACAUCCCUGAUCUGGAAGGUCGUGUAGUGAUCGUUACAGGCGGGAACACAGGCAUUGGCAGAGUAACUAUCAAGUACCUGCUACGUGCCAACGCCCGCGUGUACAUGGCCUCCCGCGACCCCGUCAAAUCCCUCCAAGCCAUUUCAGAGCUCAAAACCGAAACUGGAAAAGAAGACCUCUACUUCCUCCAGCUAGACUUGGGAGAUCUGGAAUGUGUGAAGCGAGCGGCGGCGGAAUUUGCACAGAAGGAGAAACACUUGCAUUUGCUGUUUAACAAUGCCGGGCUGAUGCUUGUCCCAAUGGACCAACUGACAAAAGACGGCUUCGACCUCCAAUUCGGGGUCAACGCUCUCGGUCCGGCGUACUUGACGCUGCUCCUCAUGCCUCUCCUCCUCGAGACUGCCCAAGCUUCGGAGCCGGGAUCAGUGAGGGUCAUCAAUUCCAGCUCGAUGGUGCACCUUUAUGCUCCCUCGGCGGGGAUAGAUUAUCGCACACUCCGUGCUGGACCCAUGCGGAACAAGCUAAGCUCCUGGACCGCAUACGCGCAAUCUAAAUGGGCAAACGUUGUGUUCGCAAGAGAGCUCGCGAGACGAUACAGUGAAAAGGGCGUGGUUUCCUGUGUUGUGCAUCCUGGAAUCGUCCGAACCGAACUCCUGCGUCACUCGUCUGCCUUCAGGCGGAUCCUCCACUGUUUCAUGUUCCGCCCCGACUCAGAAGGCGCCUUAACCCAGUUAUAUGCGGGUACUUCACCUCAGGCGGCGGACGCGCAUGGACAGUAUUUUAUUCCUCUUGCGAGGAGGGGCGUGUCUAGGCCGGAUACGUAUGAUGUGGAGGCAGGAAAGACAUUUUGGACCUGGGUAGAGAGCGUGACGGCGCACGUCUAG